AUGUCGAAACGACAACAGGUGGGAAGACAACAGGUCGCCCCCGCUGCAUACGAGAUUCGUUUCAGCACGACCGACUCGGGGGUAGAAUUGUUCGAAAUUCCGCCGCCCAACCAAGAAAGAAGUGUACCGGAUCCGUUUAAAAAGCGUGACAAGAUACCGCGAAAUUCGGGUAGCGGAUUGACAUUGGAAGGUUUCGCGCAAAAUGCUAGUACACCGACAUCGCCUACUAACAAACAGAACAAUGUUUCCCUGAAAAAUAAGUUAUCACCAAAGGAUUUGAAUAACUCCCCAUCCAAUGGGCUUGAUGUCCCCAUAAGAUCAAUGGAAAGGCAAGAACGCAAAGGCAUAUUUGCUGACAGGAUGGAGGUUGACGAAACAAUUGUGAACCUAAGUUCAGCGGAGAAGCGGAACAGGAUGGAUGACGAACCUGCCGCGAAACAUGUUCAGAAUAACAAGAAGCGUCCGUUGCCCGCGGAGGAAAACGGUAGUGAUAAGGAGAAUGGCUACUCGACCAAAGAUACUUCCACCCAAAAUUUGACUCACAGUGUAAAUAAGGACUCGUACGUCACGGCCGAAACGGUCGUGCCUAGCAAUAAGGAAAAUAUGAUUAAAAAUAACAAUAAGAACCGAAAGACAAUCAUGUCGACAGAAAUUAAGGAUAAUGAUGUUCGCACUGCGAGUCGACCCAUGGAUGGAUUUGCAACACCACCCGCCACUCCACCAAGUAGUCGGCCAAUGACACCGCAGGGUCCACAAUCGAGUUUAGUCGAUGUCCCGCAGGCAACGUCAAAGACAAGGGAAAUUCCGCCCCUCCCAAGCCCUCCGUCAUCGGCCGGAUCUCUGAUAGCCUAUGACUCCACACAACCAUCAAUGGCAUCACCGUCAAGAAUCCCUCGAUUAUCACCGUCAAGGCCGAUCCUCACAGCAUAUAUGAUGGAACGGCCCACCAUAUCUCAUGAUGAGAUGAUCAUACCGACAAUUGCAAAGAAGCUAAAGAUGAAUGGACAGUUACCUUAUCAUAAUCAUGACGCUCUGCUUGGCGUCAGUGACGAACAAGACCUCUCGUCGGAGAGUGAUCAAACGGAUGUCGCCAACCAAAGUGAGGAUUCGCUUGACGUUGAACAGCAAAAAUUGCCGGAAAGAGAAGCCUCCUCCAUAUCCAAAAAAUCAUCAAAGAUAUUAAACAGGGUACGUCAAGGGUCGGCUCAUAGUCGAAAGGAUAGCGAAAGGACAAAUUCCUAUAUACAAGUUGAGGAAACCUUGGAUUCUAUUGAGCGUGUCCCCAAAUCUGACGAGGAUAAAAAGCGUAAGAGAAAGUCACGAAGAGAGGAAUAUGUCUUGGUAAUUAGGGAUGAAGAUGAGGCCGAUGAAUUCGGAGAAAUUGCCGAACCUCGCUACUCUACGUCACUGACGCCAUCGGAACCUUCAAUGUCUACCACGACAACAUUACUUCCUUCCGAACGAGACUCUGCUGAACAUGAGCAUGAUGAAAAUAAAUCGGAUGAGAUCGAUAGUGCUCCGUCGUUAACGCAGUCAGCUCAACAGGAAACGAAUACUCCCAACUCAACGACUCAAAUGGCUGUACCCAACAAGGCCUCUCCUCCUUUAGCGCUAGAACUCGAGAGGACCUUUACCUCGGGUCCAAACGAAAGGAAACCUAAAAAACACAAGAAAAUCAAAAAUAAAAAGAGCAAAGAAUCUGUGGUCGAUGAUGAUGACGUCAAAAAGUCUAUCUGUUGUUGUACAAUAUGCUAG